AUGCAAAACGGCACCCCCAACGGCCCAUCACCCCAAGAUGAACGCAUAACACCUGUGCCCGAUUCCACACCCCUCAACGAGUCUGCAAUCGAAAAUCCAUCGAAUUCUGCCCCCCACGAGCCGAUUCCUUCAGAGCCAAAAGGCGUCGAAGCUGUUCAUCAACCCGAAGAACCUCCAUCGAAGAAAAGAAGACUCACAGAUUCCUCCUCGUCGCAGCGUUCCACUCCUAGACCGCCAUCGCCGCCCUGGAAGAAGGCUGGCUUUGAGGGGCCCACAUCGUUCCUCUCCGAAGGCAAACGCAGGUCUUCGCGGACAAACGCCGUGCCGAUCGAAUUUCAACCUGGGUCGGACAAGAGACACACGCGGGGAGCUCAAAACAAGAAUGUUGGCAAGUCCGCUCGUGAUGGAAGCAAGCCGGCUACAUCCUCGCCGUUAUCGGUGACUCAGUCACGCGCCGACGUUAAUGGAAAAGUUGGCGCAAAGGCCACUACCAAUGGAUCGCCCAGAGCGCCGUCGCGCGCGGCCAGCAAGCCGCAGCGUAUCUCACAGACUCCAGCACCAAAGCCAAGUCACUCGCGCGCCAAAUCUCGUAGCUCCGCUACCCUUCCUCGCCCGCCUAGUGCCAACGCGAAUGGCACUAGUUCUCGCUCGCUUCGCGAUCGCCCAUCACUUUCGAAUCUAUCACAGGAGGUUAACGGGGCUUCGGAGGAUGUCAAUAUGGAUGACAAGGAACUUGAACAAGUAUCAAAGAAAAUUCCAAAAUUGCGCAUCAAAGUGAGCAAGCCAGUCCUUCCUAUUCGACACCCUGGCCACAUACCGCAGAAGAAACAUACGUCUUUCAGGGAAUGGGUAUACCAAAAUGAUAGCUCAAAUAUCUUGUCAGAAGAGGAGGCUACGGUUGAGGCACGCAAACGGCGCGAAGUUAUAACUGCUGCUGAGCCCGGUGGACCGCUGAGUUCGCAAGUCUGCUCAGCAUAUAUCACAGAACAGCAGGAGGAGCCUCCCCCACAAUAUUCGCACCAGGAUCACUUGGUUUCGCAUGCGCUCUAUUUCCAGAAGCUCCUCGACAAAGAACACAAACGCCAUCGUCAAACAGCCAAACAGUUUGCGCAGUGGUGUGCCGACGCUUAUCGGAAACGCCACAAGAACCCCGAGGAUAUCUUACGUGAGCAGCAGGAGGAGAUGCGUGGAAAACGCAAGCAGCUAUCAAAGGAUCUUCAGAAGAUGUUUGACCUGACCCGUGCCGAUAUUGAUCGGGUCCGCCUAGCACGUUGGGAAGAAGAGCGGAAAAUGGAAGACCAGCAGGCGCUUGAUCGCGCCAUUAAGAAGUCUACUAUGCUUUUCGAGAAGCGUCGAUCGGAGAUUCUAGGCGAAUUGCCCAGCGAUGCUCCGGCGACGAGUGAUGAUGAGGAUGGCGCAUCAGGCCACUCGUCUGGAUCAGCCGAAGAGGACGAGAGUAACAUGUCAGAUUCUGGAUCAGGAACCGACGACGAGGCUAAUGUGGACGACGAUGCCUCAUUGACCGCAGAAGAGCUCCGACUGAAGUACGCCAACUUACCGACUGAAGAAUAUACUGACCGGAUGUCUGUAGCUUCGGGUAGCACGGCAAUGACCAAUCCCAACGAAUCCCUGGAUCCCGAAGCUGUUUUAGGUGAUAUCGAUUCACAAAUCACCCCCGAAGAUAAUCAGUUAGACGAUGUCGAUUCAGUGUUGAUGGACGAUAGUGAUGCCUCCACAGAUAUGGAUGAUGAUAUGGGUGACAGUGACGAAGAGGAAGAAGACUCAAGUGAGGAGGAGUCGGAAGAAGACGAUGAGACUGGACCUGGCUUACUAGGUUUCUUCUCAAAGAAUGAAACCCCUGUACUAAAAGACGGUGAAGAGGCUCUAGCUGUCGACCACCACGAACAGAACGUCGAUAUCAAUCCGGCAUCGGAGGGUGAAGAUGACAACGACUCAGAAGAUCCAGAUGAAGUCUCACUGGUGCCAAUUGGACCAACGACCAGCGAGGGCGAAUCAACAGAAAGCACGCCAUUACAUGUCGCCAAUGCUUCUGAAGCCUCUGCUGCCACAGGACGAGAAACACCUGCCGUUGACACCCCGAUGGAAGAGGAGCUCGCCGAAGCUGAGGCCGAAAAAGUAACUCGUACUGAUAUGGCGGACGAUAUUGAUCACCACCAAUCUAUGGAAGUAGAUACCGUUCAUGCCAGCCGGCCAAACGGGGGUAUGCCCAGUGAGCCAUCUCCGGGAACCUUUACAACCAAACCAUCCGAACCUGGUUCGGUCUCAUCGCUCGAGCCUGCAAUCGAAAAGGCAUUGCAAAUAAGUCACUUGCCUGCCCCAGGCCUGCAAACGCCCAUUCCAUCAAUCCUACGUGGUACACUGCGUGAAUACCAACACUACGGAUUGGAUUGGCUUGCGGGUCUCUACAAGAACCACAUCAACGGUAUUUUGGCAGACGAGAUGGGUCUGGGCAAAACGAUCCAAACCAUUGCCCUUCUUGCCCACCUUGCCGUGGACCAUGGUAUCUGGGGGCCGCAUUUGGUCGUCGUUCCCACCAGUGUCAUGCUCAAUUGGGAAAUGGAAUUCAAGAAAUGGUGCCCGGGGUUUAAGAUCAUGACUUACUACGGUAACCAAGAAGAACGCAAACAGAAACGCCGAGGCUGGACAGACGACAACGCCUGGAACGUGUUGAUUACAUCGUACCAACUCGUUCUGCAGGACCAAAUGUCUCUCAAGAGAAAGGACUGGCACUACAUGAUUCUUGACGAAGCACACAACAUCAAGAACUUCCGCUCACAGAGGUGGCAAGCCCUGCUGACGUUCAAGUCUCGUGCAAGGCUUCUCCUAACGGGCACACCACUCCAGAACAACCUCACAGAACUGUGGUCUCUUCUGUUCUUCUUGAUGCCUUCCGAUGGUACUAAUGGCGGCGUUGAAGGGUUUGCUGAUCUAAAAGAUUUUUCUGAAUGGUUCCGGCGCCCCGUUGAACAAAUUUUGGAGCACGGCAGAGAGACCAUGGACGAGGAGGCCAAAGGCGUGAUCACCAAGCUUCACACCGUUCUCCGCCCGUAUCUUCUUCGUCGACUAAAGGCCGAUGUUGAGAAGCAAAUGCCUGGCAAGUACGAACAUGUGGUCUACUGUAGGCUAUCAAAGCGUCAGCGAUACCUUUACGACGGCUUCAUGUCGAUGGCACAGACCAAGGAGACCCUCGCAUCCGGAAACUUCCUCUCCAUCAUCCAUUGUCUGAUGCAACUCCGUAAAGUGUGCAACCACCCCGAUCUCUUUGAGACCCGACCCAUCUCCACCUCCUUUGCGAUGCCGCGGUCUGUGGCUAUGGACUUUAAUAUCAAGGAAUCCCUCGUUCGACGACGACUCCUCUUCGAACACCCACUGACCAAGAUCGACUUGGAUUUCCUCAACCUCGCACCCGUAUCACGGGAAGAUAUCUCACGACGGCUGGCCGACGACAGUAUCAGGCUGAUGGCUAUUGGCCCGUUCAAGACUCUCCGUGAACGCCAGUACAACCGAACGAACUGGGAGAUGGGCUUUGACGGGUCCAACAUGCAGACCAUCUUGGAGUCAUUGGAGAACGCCUGUCGGAAGAGGCGAAUGGCGGAACUAGAGCGGUGUCUUUACUUUGAAUCCAAACGGCACGGCCGUCGGCCUGUAUAUGGUAGCAGCCUUAUUGAAUUCCUUCGGGCUGGGACUAAGGAACACGCACUCUCCAAUGCACCGCUGCGGAAGCGCUCAAUGGCCGACUGGCUGUCAAGCCGAUCCUCCGUCCUCGCGUCGAUGAUUCUGACUGUUGAGGAGCGGGCUCUUGAGAUGCAUGGCUAUGUUCAGAGAUUCGCCUGCGUCACCCCCGCUGCCGUCGCCGCGGGCAUGAACGAAGCCGCUUUAACCCCCGUCGAGACCCGGCUUUUGACCAAUAAUCGCCCAAACCCGCCAUACGAUCCUUUCCAUGAAGCACGGAUGCGCCUCUCUAUUGCGUUCCCGGAUAAGAGAUUGCUUCAAUACGACUGCGGCAAACUGCAGCGCCUUGACAAACUUCUACGGGACCUCAAAGCCGGCGGCCACCGAGCCUUGAUCUUCACCCAGAUGACGAAGAUGCUCGAUAUCCUCGAACAGUUCCUCAAUAUUCAUGGCCACCGCUAUCUUCGACUCGACGGCACUACGAAAGUCGAGUCUCGACAGAUGCUCACGGAACGAUUCAAUAGCGAUCCCCGCAUCCUCGCUUUCAUCCUAUCCAGUCGAUCCGGUGGUCUCGGUAUCAAUCUCACGGGCGCCGACACAGUCAUCUUCUACGAUCUAGACUGGAAUCCAGCCAUGGACAAGCAAUGCCAGGAUCGCUGCCACCGUAUUGGUCAAACACGCGAUGUCCACAUCUAUCGUUUCGUAUCCGAGUAUACCAUUGAAUCCAACAUCCUCCGUAAAGCCAACCAGAAGCGCAUGCUCGACGAUGUCAUCAUCCAAGAAGGCGAGUUCACUACAGACUACUUCACCAAGGUGCAAGGAAUGGUUGAAAGCGACGAGCGCGACGGUCAAGACGAAGCAAGUGCCGCCAUGGACCGAGUUCUCGGCAACCGUGUCGGCGGAACUCGCGUGUUUGAAGGAGCCGAGGACAAGGAGGAUCUCGAUGCGGCGAAGAACGCCCAGAAAGAACAGGAACAUGCCGACGAUGGCGACUUUGAGGAGCACAGCGCCUCCCACGGAACCCCGGCCCAGGCUGGCACGCCGGUUGUGGAAGAAGCUGUCGCUCCACAGGUGUCUGACCCCUCCGAAUGGGAGCCCGGUCAUAUUGAUGAUUAUCUUUUGCGCUUCAUGGAGUGGAAUAUGAAGGAUGAACCUCUGGUUUUGCCUGCGGAUAAAAGCAAGAAGAAGUCCAAAAAGGGCAAGGAGCACCGUCUUAAGAGACGUCGUUAG